GGACGGUGCGGACCGCCACCACGAGACCGUAACCAGAGGCAAAAGCCGGAACAGGCGACAGAGAAACCAAACUCCACCAGCAUUUCCCACGUUUAACUUCUUUUAGAUUCUCUCUCUCUCUCUCUCCUUGUCUUGCUCGCUCUAUUUGUACCCCUCUCUUGGCCAGGGGAAGGAGCAGAAGCAAGAAGGGAGUGAGAAGCUCGUGCUAUUGAUCACGAGAAAAGAUGGCACUGAGUUUAUCAACGUUUUCCGUGGUGAAGCCCGACUUCCGCGGCCGCCGAAUGUCGCGAAUCUCCGCCUCGAUCUCCGAGAAGGCACCCUCUUCCACCACCCCUUCGCCUUCCACCACUACCAAGUUCCCAGUCGUAGAGGUCCCCGGCGGCUAUGGGCUCCCCUUCCUCGGCGCGGUCGCCGACCGGCUCGACUACUUCUGGUUCCAAGGGAAGGAGGACUUCUUCAAAUCAAGGAUACAGCGGUACCAAUCGACCGUCUUCCGGACGAACAUGCCGCCGGGGCCGUUCAUCGCCGACGACCCCCGCGUGGUAGUCCUCCUCGACGGCGCCAGCUUCCCUGUCCUCUUCGACGUCGACAAGGUUGAGAAGCGCAACCUCUUCACGGGGACGUACAUGCCGUCGACGGAGCUGACCGGCGGGUUCCGCACCGUGUCGUACCUCGAUCCCUCUGAGGAGUCCCACCAGAAGAUCAAGCGCUUCAUCUUCUCCCUACUCAAGUCCCGCCGCGACAAGUUUAUCCCGGAGUUCCGCUCCGUCAUGGCGGAGCUCUUCACCGGGAUUGAAUCGACGCUGGCGACCAAGGGCAAGGCGGAGUUCAACUCGGCGAACCAGCAGGCUUGCUUCAACUACCUCUCGCGCGCCUUCCUCGGCCGCGACCCGACCGCACCCGGCGGCAUCGGGACCGAUGGCCCGUCGAUCAUCCAGAAGUGGGUGCUCCUCCAGCUGGGCCCCCUGCUGAGCGUCGGCCUGCCGAAGCCGCUCGAGGAGCUCCUCCUCCAUACCUUCCCCCUCCCGCCGGUGCUCGUCAAGCGCGACUACGAGCGGCUGCUGGGGUACUUCCGCACCGCGGGCGCCGCAGCCCUCGACGAGGCGGAAGCCCUCGGCCUCGGCCGGGAGGAGGCCUGCAACAACCUCCUCUUCACCAUCUGCUUCAACACCUACGGUGGAAUGACCAUCCUCUUCCCCAACAUCGUCAAGUGGCUGGCCCGUGCCGGCCCCAAGGUCCACCGCGAGCUCGUGCAGGAAAUCCGCCAGACCCUCGGCUCCUCCCCCUCCGCCGCAGACCUCACGCCGGCCGCCCUCGACCGGAUGCCGCUGGUCUGCUCCGCCGUCUACGAGGUGCUCCGCAUCGAGCCCCCCGUCUCGGCCCAGUACGGUAAGGCUAAGCGCGACAUGGUGGUGGAAAGCCAUACCGGCGCCUUCCGAAUCAGGGCCGGCGACAUGCUCUGUGGUUACCAGCCGUUCGCCACCCGGGAUGCGAGGAUCUUCGACGACCCGGAGUCGUUCAUCGCCGACCGGUUCGUCGGGCCGGACAAGGAUCGGCUACUGCGCCACGUGCUCUGGUCCAACGGCCGGGAGACGGACGAGCCCACCGAGUCGAACAAGCAGUGUGCCGGGAAGGACCUGAUCGUCAUGCUCGCCCGCCUCCUCCUCGUCGAAAUCUUCCUCCGCUAUGAGUCCUUCGACAUCGAGGUCGCCACCGCCCCCCUCGGCUCCACCAUCACCAUCACCUCCCUCCGACGCAACUCUCCCGCCUGAAACCCCCCAGAAAAAAAAUUAAGUUAAAAAAUUUACCACCCUCGCAGUUGCUGCUGCUGCCCAUCUGGAUGUAGUCUUAAAUUAAAUUAGCCGCUCUUCCUUCUUUUCCUUCUUUCUUUCUUGUUUCUGCAUCUGGCUUCUCGCUGUCAUGGCAGACAAGCAAGGGUCGAAGCCAAAUGGUUCAGCUGUAAAUGUCCUGCAGGACAACACUGUAUCCAUGAGCAAAAGAACGGCAGAGAGGAGUGAGUAGACAACCUGUGGAAAUUAAUAGCGAAGAUUAUAAUGAAAUCAUAUGUCUCAAUUUGAUGCUUUUCUUUUCA